AUGGUUCAGAAAGAAGCCUUUUCUCAAGAGAUCAGCCGAGUCCUGGCACGAAAAUCUCUAUCCAGGCACAGUGCCCUCAGCGCUCUUUGCCCGUUUUUAGACGACUUUGGAAUUCUGCGACUCAAAGGCCGACUGAAGAACGCUCAACAACUGUCUCAAGCACAGAAAAAUCCGAUCAUUAUCCCCAAAGUGCAUCAUUUUACUGACCUCGUAAUCAAAAAUGCGCACCUGAACACUCUUCAUGGAGGCACCGAGCUCACCUUAGCAACUAUUCGGCACACAUUCUGGAUAGUCAAUGGGAAACAAGCAGUAAAAAGAAUUCUACGACAAUGUGUCCAAUGCUUCAAACAUCGCCCAAAGCCUGCCUCACAGUUAAUGGGUGAUCUGCCACUACAUCGAGUCAACCCACCUGGUCGAGCCUUUGAAGCCACUGGCGUCGACUACACGGGCGCCUUUUACUUGAAAGCAUCCAGAUUCCGUGGGCAUCACACAUACAAGGCAUAUAUCGCAGUGUUUAUAUGUUUAGCAACCAAGGCGAUACAUCUAGAAGCGGUCACAGGGCUAUCUACUCAACACUUCCUUUGGGCUCUUCAACGCUUUAUUGGACGUAGAGGUUUGUGCAAGCAUCUAUACAGCGAUGGAGGAACCAAUUUCAUCGGAGCAGACAAUUCUCUUCGCAUCUGGCAAAAGGAGUUUCGAAAUUCCAUCGACACGGACAUCGCACCCACUCUUACGGCUCGCGGAAUCCAAUGGCAUUUCAACCCACCGCACAGUCCUAAUUUUGGGGGACUGUGGGAGGCGAACGUAAAGGCCGUCAAAACUCAUCUGUAUCGUUCCUUCAAACUCACUGCUAUGACCUAUGAAGAACUAUCCACGGUGCUCACCCAAAUCGAAUCAUGUUUAAACUCACGUCCACUCUGCCCCUUAUCAGCAGAUCCAAACGAUUUGUCCCCACUUACUCCCGGGCAUUUCCUUAUAGGAGGACCUUUAUUGGCACCUCCGGAACCUUCUCUUUCAGACAAGUCCAUCAACGCACGCUUCGUCGACGGUCAACGACUCCUGAGACAAUUUUGGCAUCGAUGGAGCGCCGAUUGGCUUUCACAUCUACAAGCACGUCCGAAAUGGCGCCAAGAACGAACGAAUCUGCAAAUUGACGAUCUAGUUGUAAUCAAGGAUGACCGGCUCCCUCCAAACGAAUGGAAGAUGGCUCGAAUUAUCGAUUUACAUCCUGGAGAAGAUGGACUAGUUCGCGUCGCCUCACUGAAAACCGUUUCUGGAACUUAUAAGAGAUCCCUGUCCAAGUUAUGUCCAUUGCCAAUAUCCACCAAUCCUACUCCGAAACCUGAAGAAGUCCAAUAA